UGAUGGUUGGAAAAUCUUCUUUUGCUUAGUGCGUCUCCGAAUUUUUCCUCUUAUACUUUUGUCACGUGAGAUGGCUGAUGAUGUUUGAUGAUCUUAGGAUAAGUUGGUGAAUUGCUAAUGGAAGAACACUUGGUUUUGUGUGUUGAUCGUCUCAUCACACCUGAAUCUUUGCACUCGCUGCCAAGGUCCGAGGAUGCAGAAUCCUCUGUUGGCAGAUCUUGCUCUCAGGUAGUUGGUACGUCCUCAGUUAUUGAUGCUAAUGACAACGAACAUCUAGGAGUUGGAGGUGAAGAAGAGCCAUUACUUCAGAAUGUGGAAUGCCGGAUUUGCCAGGAAGAAGAUAGUGUGAAAAAUUUGGAGGUUCCUUGUCGUUGCAGUGGCAGCUUGAAGUACGCUCAUAGAAAAUGUGUCCAGCGAUGGUGCGAUGAAAAGGGAGAUAUAACUUGUGAGAUUUGCCAUCAGCCUUAUCAACCUGGCUAUACUGCUCC